AUGACUGGAGAUUUCCCCAAACAGUGGGCCAAGUGGCUUCCCUUGGCGGAACUAUGGUACAAUACCACUUACCACUCUGCCAUAGGAAUGUCUCCUUUUGAAGCAGUAUACGGUGUAGCUCCUCCUGUCCAUCUACCAUAUAUAGUUGGAGAUUCCCCAAAUGAACUGGUUGACCGAACUUGUCUGUCCCGUGAGAUGGUUCUACAGCUCUUGAAGCAGCAUUUAAGUAAGGCACAACACAGAAUGAUGCAGCAGGCUAAUAAGAACAGAUCUGAACGUCACUUUUCAGUGGGUGAUAUGAGUCCUAAGGAAAUUGGAACUGUUGCUUAUGAAUUGGAUUUGCCACCUGAAACUAGAGUACAUCCAGUGUUUCAUGUUUCCCUUCUUAAGAAACACGUGGGUCCUUCAAAUGCUCUCACUCAAUCGCUCCCUCCUGUGGAUGUCAACGGUCACUUUAUGCUAGAACCUGAACAACUUUUAGGGAGAAAAGUUGUUAGACGUCACAACCUCCCUGUCACACAAGUUCUGGUUCGAUGGAAAUUUUCUCAACCUGAAGAUGCUACUUGGGAGGACCUCUCUGCCAUCAAGCAACAAUUCCUAGACUUUGAUAGUUCAGCACCUCCUACCAACACCAUCCUUGUGGACAAGGAUCCUUUUUGA